ACAGAAACAUUUAGGGUCCAUUUGCUUCACGUGUUCUCCUGCUGUUCUGCCACCAUGCCGAAGUCAAAGAGGGACAAGAAAAUCUCAUUAACAAAAACUGCCAAGAAGGGUCUGGAAUCCAAACAGAAGUUAAUCGAGGAGCUACGGAAAUGUGUGGACACCUAUAGAAACCUGUUCAUAUUCUCUGUGGAAAAUAUGAGGAAUAACAAGUUGAAAGACAUCAGGACAGCAUGGAAACACAGCAGAUUCUUCUUUGGCAAAAAUAAAGUGAUGAUUGUUGCUUUGGGAAAAGGACAAACAGAUGAAUACAAAGAUAAUUUGCACAAGGUAAGAAUGAAUGGCUUUACAAACAUAUCCAACUAUUAUUGCAAUAUUAUUUUGACUUCUGAAGAGAAUUAA